AUGGUGGGCUUUUCGAGCGCCACCACCUGUGCUCUCCUCCUCCUCCACCUCGUCAUCUUCUUCUUCUACCUUCCUACUCCUGCCGUCUCCUUGUCCUUCAACUACCCCACCUUCAGCGAAGCAGACCGGAAGGGCAUGAAGAUCGAAGGCGACGCAUCCUUCGGCGACACAUCCACCGGAGUAAUCGAGAUGAGCACAAACAUGUACGGUAGCAUCAGCCGGGCGUCGUACAACGCCCAACCGGUGCAGCUCUGGGACAAGGCGACUGGCGAGGUGGCCAGCUUCACGACGCGGUUCGACUUCCUCGUGUACGGCUCCAACAACGGCGUCAACAACCGUAACAUGGGCAUGGCCUUUUUCCUCGCUGGCUACCCGUCUAGCCUGCCGGCCGACUCUCCUGACUACAACCUCGGCCUCACUAACCAAAGCGCAGACGCCGUGGCAUCCGGCGAUAGCAAUACAAUAGUAUCCGACGACCCAUACGACCACAUCGGCAUCGACGUCAACUCCCUCAGAUCGGUGAGCACACUGCCCCUGCCAAACUUCACCCUCACGAGCGCGCCCAUGACCGCUGCGAUCGAGUACGAUCAUGUUUCCAGCAUCUUAGCGGUGACGUUAUGGGUCGCGGACGGCCUCAGCAAUUACCAGAGUUACAAUCUUAGCUCCAAUGUUGACCUCAAGAGCGCACUACCGGAGCAGGUCUCCAUUGGCUUCUCAGCAUCCACGUCCAACGCCAUCCCAUCGCAGCUUACAGUGAUGAGGAUAGUGCUACACUCUUGGUACUUCAACUCUUCGUUCGAACCACGGCCAGCACCACCACCAUCACCACACUCCCCGCCAGCGCCAGGUUCUAGAGUUAUAGCCGGACCACAACCAGCACCACACUCCCCACCAGCGCCAGGUUCUGGAGUUAUAGCCGGAGCGGUGGUCGGCGCAACAAUGUUUCUUCUGCUCCUAUUCGCCGCUGUGGUGACACUCGUGGUGCGCCGCCGCCAUCGUAAGAUUCUGGAUACCAAGGAGGAUUACACAGACUCCCAAGGCGAAAGCGAGCCGAUGACGGAGAUCGAGAUGGGGACGGGGCCAAGGCGGUUCCCAUACCACGAGCUCGUGGAAGCGACGAGGAACUUCGCCGCGGAGGAGAAGCUUGGGCAAGGCGGCUUUGGCGCCGUAUACCAAGGCUAUCUGAGAGAACCAGCUGGGCUUGCCGUGGCCAUAAAAAGGUUGCAGUCUUCCAUACAGGGAAAGAAGGAGUACAAAUCCGAGGUCAAGGUGAUAAGCAGGCUGCGUCACCGGAACCUCGUGCAGCUCAUCGGCUGGUGCCAUGGCCAUGAUCAGGAGCUCCUGCUGGUCUAUGAGCUCAUGCCCAACCGCAGCCUCGACAUCCAUCUCCAUGGCAAGCAGGGCACCUUCCUCACAUGGCCAAUGAGGAUGAGGAUAUUGCUGGAGCUUGGGUCUGCACUGCUCUACCUCCACGAGGAGUGGGAGCAAUGCGUGCUUCACCGGGACAUCAAGCCCAGCAACGUCAUGCUUGACGAGUCCUUUGGAGCCAAGCUAGGCGACUUCGGACUCGCAAGGCUCGUUGACCACGCCGCUGGGAUGCAGACCAUGACUGCAAUCUCGGGAACUCCAGGCUACUUGGAUCCCGAUUGCGUGAACACUGGCAAGGCAAGCACCGAGUCCGACGUGUACAGCUUCGGCGUGGUUCUACUGGAGGUGGCAUGUGGCAGGAGGCCAAUGAGCCCGGCCAACCAGGACAAGCAGAAGAAUGGCGGCGUCUUCCGGCUGGUCGAGUGGGUCUGGGGACUAUAUGGCCGGGGAUCCAUCCUUGAGGCCACCGACGAGCGGCUGAACGGUGACUACAACGCUGCGGAGGUGGAGAGUGUGAUGGUUGUCGGGUUGUGGUGCGCGCACCCAAACCCGAGCGCACGACCAUCCAUCAGGACAGCCCUGGCCACGCUCCAGCCCAAGGUCGACCAAGCCUACCAGCUGCCGGUGCUUCCUUCCAAGAUGCCAGUCCCGAUGUAUGAGCCGUUGAGGCCGCUCUCCUGGGCCAAUAUCGUUGGGAUGUCAUCAUCGUCCUCCCACACCGUUGGGAUGUCGUCGUCGACGACGUCGUCCAGCAUGCCGAUGCACACCUCUUGUACCACAACCUCUGAAGCUAGCACUUCGACGAACAGUCCGAAGACCUCUUCUUCACUACUCAAACAUCAGUAG